GGCUACAGAUUUACAAAACUGAGUAAGUGACCACACACCGAGUGCGGAUGUACUUAUUAAGCUGGUCAUAUACAAGCUUAAGACGUUAUUAGAGCAUUUAGCUGCAAAAUUAACACACACACACACACACACAGAGUGAGAUGGACAUGGCGUUGAAGGUGAAGGUAGGAGGCAUGGAAGAUGUAGAAUUGUCAGAGCCGGUGAGCCCGACUGGCCAGUACUUCAACAGUUCGGUGCUAUGCGUUUCUGUCAUUGGCGUCUUGGAGUUUGACAACCCCAUUGAUGACUCAUCAAGCAUUGCACUCAUUAACGAUGUCUUUCUCCCCAUCAACACUCGUUUCUCUUCCAUUAUGGUUGAAGACAAAGAUGGUGAGAAACACUGGAAGAGAGUCGAAGUGAAGGGGGAAGACCAUAUCGUAGUUCCUCGUUUUCCUGAAGGAUUAUCACCCGAAUCUUACGAUCAAUAUUUCAAUGAUUACCUAUCGAAGAUAGCAAUGGAUUCACUCCCACAAACAAGACCAUUAUGGGAAAUUCACAUCGUCAAGUACCCAACAAGCAAUGCCUCUGGAAGCCUUGUUUUCAAGCUGCACCAUGCACUUGGUGAUGGUUUCUCUCUUAUGGGUGCUCUUCUCUCUUGUCUACAAAGAGCAGACAACCCUUCUCUUCCCUUAACAUUUCCAAGCUUUCAAAAAGCUCCCAAACCAGAUAAUGAGAUCAAAAGCUUAAUUAGUAUCGUACCACAUGCCUUCAGUAGCGCACUGAACACGGUUUUGGAUUUCGGUUGGAGCAUUUUGAAGAGUAGUUUCUUGGAAGACAGUAGAACGCCGAUACGCUCGGGCGAAGAAGGGGUGGAGUUCCGGCCGAUCAAUAUAAUGACAAUGACAUUCUCUUUGGAUAAAAUUAAGCAAAUUAAGUCCAUCCUUCAAGUGACAAUAAAUGACGUAGUUACCGGAAUGAUCUUCCUGGGGACUAGAUUAUACAUGGAAGCAACAAGUGAAGAAGCAAGAAAUGCAAGAUCCACUGCAUUGGUGUUGCUCAACACUAGAUCUAUUGGUGGUUACAAGUCAGUUGAUGAGAUGGUUCAGAACCAGGAAGCUCAAAUUCAGUGGGGAAACAAGUUUGGUUUCUUGCAUGUUUCAAUACCCGAGCUACACCAAUAUGAACGGUCCUUGGAUCCGCUUAAAUUUGUUCACGAAGCACGUGAUAUCAUUAAGAGAAAGAGGAACUCAUCUGCUGUGUAUCUUACUGGAAAACUACUUGAAUUUGUGAGAAGAUAUAGAGGUCCAGAGGCAACAGCUGAAUACAUUCACAGCACGCUGAAGAAUUCAAGCAUGACAGUGUCGAAUAUGAUCGGGCCACUUGAAAAGAUGACACUCGCUAAUCAACCUGUUAAAGGCUUGUAUUUCAUGGUGGUCAAUAUUCCACAGAGUCUUACGGUGACGAUGAUGAGUUACAUGGACCAGCUGAGGGUUGCUGUAGGAACCGAGAAAGACCUCAUAGAUCCAGUGAAGUUCAAGAACUGCACUGAGCAGGCAUUCAGUAUGAUGUUCAAUGUCGCCGUAAAGUCUAAAUGACUCGAUAGCGAUACAGUAAUAAUCCUGAUCCAUGCUUCUCUUACUUCAAACCAAACAAAACAAUAUAAACCACAGUGAUUUCAAAAAAUAAUAUCCCUGGAUUUUUUAGGCCACUUCCUUAUUAAUUAAUUACUUCAAGACUUGAUUAUUUAUUGCACGUGAUUAUUAUGUAUUUACUAUACAUUGUUU